AUGCUUGACGGCAUCAGCUUCCUCACCUGUACAGUAAACAACCCAACAGACUGUUCUCUAGACAGUAGUAAGUCAAUGGAGUAUGUCAACAACACCGAAGAGCGGCUGCUUCAGUUUAUGACGAUCGUAGUAAACAGUCCAGAUUCUCCGGAUGAGAUCGAAGUUAGCAAAGGAAAUAUUGUGAUAGCAACGAUCAAAAGUAAAGGGGCGUUGUUGGACGAGAUGGUGACUAAAUAUAGCAGCACAUUGGACAUUCCUUAUGUCAGACCGGACGCUGUCCAGUUUAACAAUACAGAACUUAUACUUUAUGUCAUUUCCUACAACAUCAAUAAGUACACUUACGUCGAUAAUCAAAGAAUGAUCAACACGGGAACUACAAGGACUGUGAUUCGGGACAAAAAUGGCAAAUUUAUAGACCUUUACAGCGGAGACGAUCAACUUGAGAUGGUUGUAGAUGCUAACGAUGUGAUGAACGAUCCAAGUUUUUGGGAGAACAUCACUGACGUGGACAACAACAACGAAUUCUUUCUAAAUGCCUCUUUUCAUAAUAAUGUUGACGGUGCUUUAAUGAAUAUUCGCAUCAAAAGCAUUAUGCCAUGUGUGAUGAAUGGAUACGAUGCCAGUCUUAACGAGAGUAUUGACAGCCAGACACCAGUGGUGAAUCUAAGUAUGGAAGGAGGAACGGAUCUGACUAUCUACAACAAACCUUCGAAUUUAGAUAUAACAUAUAGAAAGCAGGAUCUCUCCAUUGUUUUCGUUCCACCUGAGAAUAAUCUAGAAUCUAUGAUCUCACUCAACAUGUAUUUUCAAUGUGAAGCAUGUCUCCAAUCAGCACAGAUGUCCUUCCUCAUCAUUAAAUCUAGUCUUGUCCUACAAGACGACUUCGAUGUAGCGGUAAAGUUUGUGAAAGAAAUGAUUGGUGUGGUGACUAAUACAGAAUUUUCUUUACACGUAUAUGAAACAGUAUUUGAAACUGCAUUUCCGUUUAGUGAUAGAGUAACGUCUGGGGCUGCCGUAAACAGCUAUGUCGCAAAUACCGCACAGAUUUCGGCUACAACAACUUGCACCACACCUAAUACCAACAGCACGCUUUCUACAACUACGGUACCUUCUACAAACACUGGAAGUACUACAACUGAUGCAUUUGCCCAAGUUACAGAAGUCCGCCUUGACACGGCACUUUACAAUCUGACGUCAUAUUUAACAACAAACGCAACCUGGUCUCGGCAACAGAUAGCUGUUAUAGUAACAGACGGAAUAUUUACCUCAAAUUUCACUUACAUUUCUCUUGCACUGAAUGAACUUCGUAGCAGAAACGUCAAAAUCCUAGCGGUAGGAUAUGGUGUUAAAUCAAUGACUGUUAUCAAUCAGCUUGUUGAAACGCCUACCUCUUGGCAUACAUUCCAGCUCUCCAGAGAUCCAGAAGAAGACAUUGAAACAACAGACCUGCAAGAUUUUAUGAGUUCAUUUUGCUACGGUAAUUACGGCAAGCUGGCUUUCAACUCUUUGCGCUUUGGACGUGUAUCAGCUCUAAUGCUCAAUGAAACGAGCAAUCGAUGGCAUAUAUCGGAAAACAUAAAGAUGAGCGGCAUAUCUAUGUCAACGCUGACAGUAACAUUCAAGAGUAACUUUUUAGGGACGUUUGGUUCAAAUGUCUUUGUUAUCCCACCCGGUGUCUUGAAUUUUGAUACACUUUUCGUGGACUUUGCUAGAAAGCUCGAGGACACGCCUUACGUCCUAGGUGUCAAUGUCGGCUGUCUCGUUCUCAUGGUCAUAUUGGUAAUUCCCCUUAGAUACUUCGACAAGAAAGAUCUCUUAAAGUGGGAUUACCUCCCCCUGGUGGACAACCCACGGAGAGCUCGAUAUUCAUACUACUUGUCCUUCUACACCGGGUUCUGGUCCAGCAGCCGCCUAACUUCGACGCCUUUCAUCAUCGUAAAGGGAUAUAAAGGGAUAACAGGGACCCGAGCUGUCAAUGACGGGAAACGAAAGAUGUUUGAACGCUGGACACUUGGAAAUUUUCUAUUAAAAACUGACCGAGAACUAGGAAAACUUUCGGAAAUCGAAAUUUGGCAUGACGAACAAGGGGAUUCGCCCACAUUGUACCUUGAAAAGAUUCUCAUUUAUGAUGAAUUUAACGAUGAAAAGUACACGUUUCUAUGUGGUCAGUGGCUAUCGCCGGAAAGAGGCGACUGUAAAUCCAAACGAACCCUGUAUACCGCUAAUUCGGAAUUGAAGGAUGGUAGUGUUUUAUUUGGCAGCAAUACUAGAUUCAAUUUGUUCGAUGACUAUCUUUUUCUUUCACUGUUUAAAAGACCAUCGGCGAGUCGUUUUACAAGAGUCCAACGAUGUGUUUGUGUAUUUUCAAUGUUAUUUUUGUCGAUGUUGGCAAAUGCGAUGUGGUACCGAACAUCAGAAGGAGUUGAGAUCUACGGAAUUCAUCUAGGUCCCUUCAGCAUCAAUUACAAAAGUAUUUACGUUGGUUGUAUGGCGAGCUUGGUCACAUUCAUCCCUGGAUUUCUCAUUGCAUGGAUAUUUAGGAACCGCAAAGUAAAGGUCGGCACAACAUUUAGGGACCAAUACACGAAGGAAGUAAUGAAUGAAGGUUUCUUACCAUGGUGGUUUAUAUUCGUCGGUUACGUCGUGGCAAUUAUAUUCUUGUCUUCAGGCGCGACCUUCACCUUUUUCUACAGUAUUGACUGGGGUCGAGAGACAACAAUAGAAUGGCUUGUGUCAUUUACCUUUGGAACUGUGCAAGGAAUACUACUCAUGGAUCCCCUCAAGGUGGUCCUUCUUACCUUGACAAUAGCGUUUCUUUGUAAAAGAUAUGCUAAGAAAGAUCUAGAGGGUAUGGCCCCGGUACUUGUGGAGAGAAGCGCGUUAGAGGACAAGGAAGCAACCAAAGCUGACUUCAUAAAUAUUGACGAAGCAAAUUCUUUUGAUGAAAUGUCAAAACCGACCAGUAACAACAACAAGGAAAGAGCUAAGUUUUAUAAGUUGAUGCAGCUAGAUAGAAAACUAAUGAUGUCAGCUCGAGCGAUUUUUAUUCAAUCUAUCUACAUAAGCAUCGUUGCAGUGAUCUGUGCACACAACUCGGUUUGGACGUCUUAUUUACAGAAUACGGUUAUGGAGAAAAGUCUCACUCCGAUUAACAGGAUCAAUUCUACAGAAGACAUUUGGACAUGGAUGCGAGGACAAUUUUCUGAUUUCGUGUUUCCAAAGCUGUUGUACAAUGGUGACAUGAGACUGAAUGAGUCCCGGUAUUACAUGGCUGAUGAUGUCAGUUAUCGUAUGACUUCUGUUAGAAUUCGUCAAAUACGAGUUAAAGGGAAAUGUGACAUUCCUUCGUUGCUCAAGGACCUACUAGAUAUCUGUCCCCCGCAAUACUCGGCCGACAGCAUGGAAAGAAUAGACUAUUGUGAAGGAUGGACGACGUACAAUCCAAAGAAGUGUAACGGCACUGAAUGGACUUUUACACCGGAAGAUAAGACCAACUCCUUGUCAAUAUUUGGUGACCACGAUAUAUACGGUGGUGGCGGUUAUGUUAAAUUACUUAACCAAUCUAUGAAGGAAGUUAGAAAUGAUCUGUAUGCCAUGCAGAUCUAUGACUGGAUAGAUCGUUUUACUCGACUUGUUGUCAUUGAAUUCGUCAUAUACAAUCCGGAUUCAAAAUUGUUUUCGCUACCUACAAUUACCAUCGAAAUACCCCAAACAGGUGGAUAUUAUCCAAAAGUGACCGUUAAAACUGCACGAUUGUAUCCAUAUAUAGACACUUUCGAUUUCCUGGUACUCGGAUUUCAGCUCAUCUUCCUGAUGGUCACGUUCUGCCGGUUUUUACAUUGGGUUUAUACCACAUGGCAAAUUGGCCGGCGUUGUUUUUCGCUAGUUAGUCAAUGGGUGUACCUAAUCAGCAUUGUGAUGUCAAUAGCUGCCAUCGUUUUCUUCAUUGUUCGCAUAGACAGGACAAUUUAUACCGUAGAAAAUCUGUUCAAUUCAAACGGUGAGUUCCUGACCUUUGAUAUUGUUGAUGCCAUGGAUAUUGCAUUCAAGGCAUGUAUCGGUGUAGAGCUUUUUAUUGCGGUGUUGAAUCUACUACGGCCUCUCACAUUCAACUAUAACAUCUAUUUGAUGAGGACGUCUAUUGCGAUGUGCUACGAAGAUCUCAUGGCCUUUGGAUUGUGUAUUAUGGUCCCUAUGAUCGGUUUUGCAAUCCUCUGCUUUGUUUGUUUAGGGUCAUAUCAAAUGGACUUCAGGGACUUUCCAGCUGCCUUCAUUACGUUGUUUCGAAUGCUACUGGCAAUGGUUAAAGUUCGAGACACUUUUGGAGAGCAAGAACUCGUUCUCAGCUUUACCUUUUCAGUUUUCCUAUUUGUAAUGACUAUUGUUAUGGUGAACUUCUGUAUCAGUAUUUUGAACGAUGCAUUCAGUUGUGUGAAAAACAACAAGUCAAUGGCUAAAGAUGUCGACACAUACGAUAUGGAACUACAUAAGCAUUUCUGGCGUAAAAUAUAUAAUAUAUUGAAAAUCUUUCAACGUAAGCAGAGAAAGAGCAAUGAUCCCGAGGAAGACUUUUCUGGAAUACUUGGUCUAUCAAUGGUCCUUGACAAUCAGAUCUUCAGAAUUGUAAGCCAAUUGGAACGCGCCUUCCAAAACGAAGAUAAAUUUGAAGCCAAAUACAACUCUAUGAUGCAGAAAAUGCAAUCAAAAUAUCAUCGAAAACGUCAUAUCUAUGGCCACGAGAAUACCUUCUCCUUGCAGAUCGAUAACAUCCAAGAGGAAUCCGAAAACGAUAUAAACUCUAUAGAUUACAAUUAUGACCAUGUUUAA